AUGACGACUAAUACUGUCAACAGGACUAGUGAUUUUUGGAUACUAUUAAAUUCUAAAUAUCCAUUAACUCUCCUGGAAAUUAAUGAUGCUAUUGAUAAUGCGAGUUCAGAUGAAGAAUCCACUGAUAACGAUGGAAUGUACAAAAAUCGGCUGGCUUCUUAUAAACAAGGAUGGCCAUUAGAUUUUUUAACACCUCAACAAAUGGCCAAAGCGGGAUUUUAUUAUUUGAGGUACACAGAUAACGUUAGAUGUAAGCAUUGCAAUUUAAUAUUCAGUAACUGGAUACACAGCGAUGAUCCAAUUAGAAGACAUAAAGAUUUAUCUCCACGUUGUCGAUUUUUUUAUGGUAAGUUUUAUUUUAUUACAUUCCUGUUUUUUUUCGUUAAAUCUAUAAGCCAUUAUACUAUACGAAGAGAAAUUUGACUCAAAUUAAGGUCUUAGAUUGUUUUACAACUUGAUGUGAUUUUUACUAAAACAAAUUGAAUUAUAUGUUAUCUUGUCACCUAAUAUCAUAGCCAAUCAAAAAUGUAUAAAUAAUGUAUAAAUAUGUACAAAUAAUGUUUUUAUUAUUUUUGAUUUUAUUUUUGUAUUGUAAUUCAGUUAACAAAUAAACGUAGAAACACAUAGAAUGGAAUAGAUUUUCAAACCUCCUGACGAUUUUUUAAUUAUUUAUAGACUUAUGACAAUUUUAGUUUCUUUUCGAGUCUAGAUAUGUGAGAUAAAGAUUUUAGGUAUGUGAGAUGAAAUUGUUUUAGCUCGCCCAAAUUGUUUGAAAGUUUAUCACGAGGUUCAACAUAGGUUAUACUUGGUGGUAAAAAUAACAUAUUUAUGAAGCAACACUAAUACGGAGCAAUGAAUAUUAUUUUUCUAAUAUGCAUUAAAUGAAUAGAAAAUGUUUAAACAUAAAUCACUAAAUUCACUAUUUUAAAAAUAUGAUAAAAUAUCAUGUAUUAUUAGAUAAAUAAAUUUAAAUUGUAUAAUCACUUUAUAAUUUAACUAACUGAAUUAAUAUUUACAUAAUUCUAACUUUGUAUGUAUUAAGCACUUUAGUAUUGUUUGUACUAUGACUAGAAAUUAGCUUACAAAAAAAAAAACUACAAAUUCACAUCCUUAGUAAAUAACCAAACUGAACAAAAAUGAGAGAAAUACUAUCUUUUUAGGUAUUUAAUUAUGAAAAAUAUAUUUUGAGUUCAAUAAACCCAAUAUUUUUUGGUUAUCCUAAACAAUUUUUAUCUAUUCAACUUUUAAUAUUAAAUAAAUUAUAUUACCUAUCUUAGUUUAAAUAAUAUUUUGUAUAAAAAUAGUUUUAAUAAUAAUAGUUUAGGGUUAUUUAAAAUAUCCAUUGUUCAUUAAACAAAAUAAUUUAUGAAGAAAGUCCUAAUAACUGAGUUCAAUAAUGAUAAAAACUGAUUAAUUGGUUUCAUAAUGUCCCCAUUGGUAUUGAUAUGGUAAUAAAUUGUAUAUUUACAGGUUUUUUUGAUGAGGACAUUGGUUAUAAAUUACAAAUCAUUGAUUAUAUUUCUUAUACCUAUAAAAGGACUCCGCACUUAAAUCAGAUGCCAAAUUUAAAUGAUACAUUACGUAUCUUACUUGACAAAAACAUUUUUAAGAUAAUGAAUGGGAAUAGUGAUAUGGACUUUGUUCACUACGAAGUACGUUUAGAUUCAUUCCAAUCAUUAAUAUUUCAACUAAAACAGAGUACUCAAUCUCUUGCUGAAGCUGGAUUUUAUUACAUUGGUAAACUAAUAAUAUUAAAUAAGUUAAUAUUCAUACUAUAUAUGUUUUAAUUUAUGUUAAUUUCGUAUAGGAAAUGGUUUUACUGAUAAAGUUCAUUGUUUCUCCUGCUCAAUUGGACUGGAUAGAUGGAAUGACAACGAUGAUCCAUGGGAACAACAUGCACUAAAUUCACCUGAAUGUGAUUAUCUGUUAUUGAAAAAAGGUGAUCACUUUGUCAAGAAAGUCUGGAAACUAUUAAAUGCAACCAUUCCAGUAUGUAACCCAACAGUAAGAAUUUCUUUAAUCUUAUUAAGAAUAUCAAUACAAAAUUACCUUGUCAUUCAUAGGGAUCAAUUCCAAUGGAAAAUGAUCAUGAAGGUGAUUCUAGUCUUGAGGAUGGUAUUGCAAGUUCCACUGAAGGGUAUGUUUCAUUUCCUAAAUACAAAUUGUUCCACGAAAAUAUACCCCUUGAAUAUUUCCAGAGAUAAUAAAGAUAAUCAAAUUCUGUUUUUUUUUUAUAUUACAGAGAAAAAGACUACAAAUAUUUAUAUUAAUAUAAAUUAAAAAAAUAACGUUAUUUUUAAUUGUAAUCGCACAACACGGUUAGAUUAUUUCCUUAGGUAACAUCAGUUUUCAAACGAAUUAGUAGAAUUUAAAAUGGUUGUUACUUAGAAACUCAUCAUGAGAUAUAAAUGUAUGAUAUAUUCAAGUUUUUAGAAAAAUAUUCUUGACAGAAUGACUAUUUUUACAUUUUUACUAUUUUGCCGAAUAAAAUAAAAUAAAGUUAUUUUUUAAAUUUUUAAUUAAAAAAAAAAAAUGUUUUCAAAUAUAAAUAUUUGUAGACCUUGUCCCUAUGAGUAACAUAAAAUAAACAUAAUUUGAUUGUCUUUAUUAUCUCUGAAGAUAUUCAAGGGAUAUAUCUUGAUGGGACAGCCUGUAAGUUGAAAUAUUUAAAAAUAAAGAGAUGAUAUAGUUAAUGGGUGUGCUACUAUUGUAGGUGGAAAGUUUAGAAAGUAGAAUGCAUACAUUUAUUUAAUUAGUAUCUGUAAACAAUAAUAAACCAGUGCUCACGAAAAAAAAUAUUAAGAGAAUUCAUAAUUUGAAAAGCCUUUAUUUAUACUAAUUUCAUCGAAAUUAAAAAAAAAAACUAUAUCGCACCUUUUUUUUAAUAAUAAUAAUAAUGAACCACUAGUAAAAUUGUCAAGCAUUUCUGUUAAGUCUAACAAUUUACCCGAAGAGUACCUACCAAAUAAAACUUACGCAAAAAACUCGCAAAAUUAAAAUGACUAUAAAAAGCUCAUAAUAUCUAAAACCAAAAGAGACGGAAAAUAUAUUUUUUUCAAAUUGCAGUGCAACAAUUUCAUUAUUUUAAUUUUUACUACCUAUGUUUUCUACAAAAUAUAUCGCUUCAAUUGAAAAAUAAUAAGUAACUUUUUUUGUUGAAUUUUUAAUCUAGUUCGUGAUUAAGUAAAUCGUUCUUUAGUUUUUUAUUGUGUUUUUUUUAAAUAAUUGACCAAAAAAAAUUGCAUUUUCCCCUACAACAGUAACAGUGGCAUAUCCAUAAGUAAUAUCAACCCUUUUUUACAAUGGUUAUUUUAUUAUUAAAAAAAAUUCAAUUUCUAACCUGUAUAGGUAGUAUUGUUUUGUAGUAGGUGCAUAGAAAAUGAUUUGUGUAAAAAUGUGAUUGCAAUAGAACAUUUUUAUUUUGAAAUAUUACCUUAUAUUCAAAAUAAUUAAUUUAUGAUGAAAUAUGUUAACAAUAAUAAACACUGAGUUUUAUAACUCGGUUAAUACGCUGAUUUAUUAUCUGACAUUAUAUAAAAUAUUAUUUUAGGGAACUCGUGGAUCUGGAAGAAAACGAUGACAAUAAUGGAAAAAUAUCAUUGUUUAGAGAAAAUUUGCAUCUUUACCAAGAAAGGGAUGUAAAUACAUUACCAGAUUUUAUGAUUUGUAAACUUUGUUACAGAAAAGAAAUUAAUGUAUGCAUUGUUCCUUGUGGACAUGCCUUUGCCUGCGUGAACUGUGUUUUUGCAAUAGAAUCAUGCGUCAUGUGUUCUAAACCGAUAUUAUGUGUUAUGAAUGUUUCUAUAUACUUGAACGAAAAUAAACGCGAAAAUAAUCUCAUCCAAAUGCCAAGAUGUUCACUAAAGAAUUUAAAUGAACUCACCCAAUUUUCAAUUGGUUCGCCAAAGGAUUCAGAUGACAUUGUCCAAUUGCCGAGUGGUUUGAAAAAUGAUUCUGAUAAUGUCGCUCAAUUUCCGAGUGGUUCGCAAAAGGAUUCAGAUGAUGUCGUUCAAUUGCCGAGUAGUUUACAAACGGAUUCUGAUAAUGUCGUCCAAUUUCCAAAUGGUUCGCCGAAGGAUUCAGAUGACGUUGCCCAAUUGCCGAGUGGUUUGAAAAAUGAUUCUGAUAAUGUCGCUCAAUUUCCGAGUGGUUCGCAAAAGGAUUCAGAUGAUGUCGUUCAAUUGCCGAGUAGUUUACAAACGGAUUCUGAUAAUGUCGUCCAAUUUCCAAAUGGUUCGCCGAAGGAUUCAGAUGACGUUGCCCAAUUGCCGAGUGGUUUGAAAAAUGAUUCUGAUAAUGUCGCUCAAUUUCCGAGUGGUUCGCAAAAGGAUUCAGAUGAUGUCGUUCAAUUGCCGAGUAGUUUACAAACGGAUUCUGAUAAUGUCGUUCAAUUUCCGAGUGGUUUACAAACGGAUUCUGAUAAUGUCACCCAAUUUCCGAGUGGUUUACAAACGGAUUCUGAUAAUGUCGCCCAAUUUCCGAGUGGUUCGCAAAAGGAUUCAGAUGAUGUUGCUCAAUUGCCAAGUGGUUUGCAAAAUGAUUCAGAUGAUGUUGUCCAAUUGCCGAGUGGUUCGCAAAAGGAUUCAGAUGAUGUCGCUCAAUUGCCGAGUUGUUCGUCCAACGAUUCACACAAAACUAAUAGUGAUAGUUUGUCUAAAGAUAAAUCUAAUUGUAAAUGUUGUGGAAAAAAAGAAAUGAAAGCCGUAUUUAUACCUUGUAGGCAUAUAUAUGCGUGUCAAGAAUGCGCAAUAAAAUUAAAUGAAUGUCCUGCCUGUUUAAGUCCAAUCUGUGCUUAUAUAAAAGUGUACAUGUCAUAA